AUGAGCUUCUCACUCACAUUCAUGGAACUGACCAACAUUGCCAUACCACAGUGCGGGGUGGUGAAUUUCAGGGCCCUGCACCUCCUGAUCAAGGGCAUUCUGGAGCACAUUCAAAUAGCUGAGCUCAAGAAGGAACUCUCGGGGGAUGAGGACUUCCUCCAGACCUCGCAGGUCGUGGUUGUGCCUGGGGAAGGAGAUUCCCAGCCUGUAAUCAACCCUAUGAAGCGACUCAGCAACGUCUUUGACGGUGUGGUGACCCGCCUCGACAGGAUAGAGAAUCAACUGGCUGGGUUGCAGGACCUGCCCUCCACUGCCCAGCUGCUGGAGGGCAGCCAGGGGACCAAACGGCCUGCCGAGGACCUGUGGCAUCUCAUCAAGCUCCGAAAGAUGGUGGAGGGCAAUGAAGAAGCCAUGGCCAAGUCCAUGGUGACCCUGCAGGAUCUGCUCACUGACCUGUACCCACUCAAGGUCACCGUUGAAACCCUCAGGAAGGACGUGAACAUGAUGAAGGAUUGUUUUGAAAAGAUAUGCCCAGAAAAAGUGGACCUCUUAUCUGAGGACUUGAAAACGCAGAACCGGAAGAUGAGCAUACUGCAGCAGGAAGUGGAUUCUCUCAAGAACAGGAUUCACGCUCUCCCCAAAGCUGAGGAUCUGGUGCUCUGGAGUGGCCUCCAUGAGGCCAUGUUCACUCCACCUGGCCCAGGUCCAUCAGACUCCCAGCAGCCCCCCAGGGCCCCACCCCCAGCCACAGAGUUGGGAUCAUCGUGGCCUCUUCCACUGCAGCUACACCAGACUCUUGAGGCCCCAGAGCUCCCAGCUGUGGAAGAAAAGGGGGAUGAAUAUUACCCUUACCUCAUGGUAGACUCUCUGGCUGGGCCUUCCCCAGGUGAAGCCACCAAGGAUCAGGGUCCCACGGCUAGGGCCUCGGAAGCACACCUGAAGGGUCCCCAGAAUGCCCUUGAGCAAUUGAAAACCACUGUUGCUGCUGCUGCUGCAGCUGCUGCAAACUACGCUGCGGCUGCCAACUCAGCUGCCCAGACAGCCAAGGCUGCUGCCAAGGCGAUCACCGAUGCCCCUGCCAGCAAACUGGCUACUAAAACCGCCAUUGCGGCUGCCUCCGGGCCCUUUGGGACCCGUUCAGAUGUCUCGGGUGCAGGGCCUUCCCGCGGGGCCUCUGAACCUACGACCUUGGAUCAGGAGAGCAAGCAGCUACAAGACUCGGUGGUAGAUUAUGAAGAAUUGGCUCCCCAGUUCCCCACCAAGGACAUUCCUCCCACCAAAACCCUGUCACAGGCCAUGCAGGCUGCCAAGAAGGCAAGGAGCACCCAGGACAAGAAGGCGGCGGUCAAGCGCUCCAUGGGCCACAUAGCCCAAGUGCCUGAUAGACAUGACUCCCUGAGGGAAGAGUUUGCCCAGCUGUCAGACAACCUGCAGCAGCAGCUGGCUUACCUAGUGCAAGCAGGAGGCUUUUCCAAGCUUGAGGCAGCCGUGGACAUACUGCAGGACAAGAUAAAUAACAUCCAGAAGUCCAGGCUAAAGGAAGAGGAACUUGAGAGAGUUUGGGGCACCCAAAUAGAGUCCAUGAAGAAUCACUACGUCGUGCUGGACCGCUUGGUGGGAAAGCUCCAGGCUCGUGUGGAUGAGUUCAAGAAUCUCCAGGCUCAAAUCAGAAACCUGGAGCAGACCAAGGCAAAUAAGAGCUCGCUGGAGGAGGACCUUCGAGAAAAAGCUGACAAGAGCGCCCUGGCAAGCAAGGCGAACCGCGCAGACCUGGAGACGGUCGUGACCGAGCUGCAUGAGACGUUUCAGAGCAUCUUGUUCAAGCUCACGACCCAGAAUGACCACUGGAAGAAUGCUGUGGAGCAGCUCAAGAAGGAACUGAGCACCAAGCUGGUGCACAGUGACCUGGACCUUCUGAAGAAGGGCCUGGAGGAGGUCUGGGAAGUAGUCAAGAAGCUGCUGCUGGAGGGCCUGCUCUACGACCCCGACAGCGCCGCGGGCUUCAGGAGGAAACUGUUUGAGCGGGUGAAGUGCAUUUCCUGCGACCGGCCAGUGGAGAUGAUGACCGGCCCGCAGCUCAUCACGAUGCGCAAAGCCCGCCUGCUGUCAAAGCUGCGGCCAGCCAGUGCCAACAGCUACGAAUACCUACAGCGCCAAAUGAUGAGGGAACAGCUGCAGCUGCAAGAGGACGGCCUGCACACUCUGGGCUCUCAGCAGGACUGGGGCGACAGCCUCCGAAAUGACACCACCCUCAAGUUCAAGCCAGGGGAACUGUCAACACUCUACCCCUAUGGGGACCCCCAAGUGUUAAACUACGACACUGCCGAGGUGGACAUCCUGGGAGUGGACGGGAUUCUGUACAAAGGCCGAAUGAACACUCAGUUUGGGGCCCAACCCUUGACCACUGCAGAGAAGGAGUUGGCAGCUGUCAAGGUUCCUUGUCCCCCAGCUAGAAACCUGUAUGCUCCUGUGCGCUCCAGUGACUUAUUCGGUACCAUCUGCCCCCCCUUGGGUCCCCGCACUGGAGCCUGCUCAGCCACCUCUGGCUCUCCCUCCGUGAUGCUGGCUCAACCGCCAUCCCUGCCACCUCUGCCACUGCUGCCGCCGCUGUUUCCCCCGCUGUUUCCCCCUCUGCGGAACCCCCAGCAGGCCCCAGAGCCUACCAGACACUUGAGGUCUCUGCGCCCUGAGUCCCGAACCAGCAAGCAGCCUAUGGAGGAGCCUGUCAACCCGUGA